CGAAACGUCAGUUGAUCCGUCAAUCAAAAACAGUCAAAAAACAAAUUUAUUUUAAUUUUGUUGUCGAUAUAAUUUCAACAAUGACAUUCAACCUGUUACCAGACCUAUUCGAGAAUCAAUAGUGUUUUUAUGAAUUAAUUAAUUAAUUUGUAAUUAUUAACGAAAAACGUUUAGGUCUGCCAACUGAAAUUUCUGAGUGAUAUCAUCAAAACUGACGACUUAUUUUUGUUCAUUUAUUUGAUUGGGUUUUCAGUGAGUGAUCAAAGUUUUAGAUCGCAAGGGUAAAAGUAACAUGUUUAAAAACAAAAUUUUAUAAAGAAGAAGUCAGAAAUUAAUUAAUUUAAAAAAAUCGCUGUGAUUUACUAAAAAUGCGAAUAGCAGGUAACAUUUGUACCGAUACCAAUCGCGCUUCAAUUGUCAUACGGUUUAAUGAAGAAAAACCAGCAACCUAACAAAACAAAAUUUGGUAAAUCGUUACCAUUAUUCAGCGUUAGAAAGGAAAAACUGAAAAAUUACCACUGAGAGAGUGAGAGCAAUUUUUUUUUAUUCGGUGUUCACGGAGUUUAUUCGGAGUGUGGAAAAUUGAAAGAAAAUGGAUAAAAUUUGGUGAACAAAAUUUUUUUUUCUUAUGUCAAGUGAAUUUUAACAUAUUAACCGUGAAUUGUGUGUUGCCGUCCGUUUAAAUAAUAAUGAUAAUCAUUUAUUGUUGAUUUGCUAACGGAAACGGUCGAUAUAGUGCCCAUUUGGAAAAUCUGUGUGUUUUUUUCGGAAUCAUCGGAACGAAAAGCUAGUGUGAAAAUUUUUUUGUGUGGUAGGAAAAACAAUGUUCACGGGAACGAUUCGUGUAAAAAUAUGCGAGGCGUGCGGUUUACGACCUACAGAUUUUCAGAAAAGGCAUAACAUGACUUUUGGAAAACCAGAUGAACAACUAAUCGACCCUUAUGUAUCAAUAGAUGUUGAUGAAAAUCAUUUAGACCGUUCGACAACUAAACCAAAAACCUUUGAUCCUUGUUGGAAUGAAUAUUUCAUUCACGAGGUGCACAAUGCUAAAAACAUUAACCUGACGGUGUUCCACGAUGCAGCCAUUCCACCGGACGACUUUGUUGCGAACUGUGUUAUACCGUUCGAGGAUCUUGUGCAUCGGGAAAAAGAGCAACAGGAUUUUUGGGUUGAUCUUGAACCGCAGGGUAAAAUUCAUGUGAUCGUAGAGUUGAAAUGGCAAGAACAAAAUAUUUCGCAAAGCAGUGGUCCUGCACCUGCAAGUGCUGCACCCGGACGCGAAUUCAAAGAACGAGCUGGAUUCAAUCGACGUCGUGGUGCUAUGCGACGACGUGUUCACCAGGUGAACGGACACAAAUUCAUGGCCACAUUUUUACGCCAACCGACAUUCUGUUCACAUUGCAAGGAGUUUAUCUGGGGAAUUGGGAAGCAAGGCUAUCAGUGUCAAGUCUGCACUUGUGUUGUUCACAAACGAUGCCAUCGAUCUGUUGUAACAAAAUGUCCCGGAAUGCGUGACGAGGCCCUGCCGAAUCGAGAGCCACCACAAGUUGUCGGUCAACGGUUCAGCGUAAACGUACCGCAUCGAUUUAUGGUCCACACAUACAAACGGUUCACGUUUUGCGAUCAUUGCGGUUCGCUGCUGUACGGCCUGUUCAAGCAAGGACUGCAAUGCGAAGUGUGUAGCAUGAAUGUGCACAAACGAUGCCAGAAGAAUGUGGCCAACAAUUGUGGCAUCGAUACCAAAAAAAUGGCGUUGAUAUUAAAUGAAAUGGGCAUAUCGCCGGAUAAACAGGGCGCGCCUAGGCGAUCCAACAAAUACAAUCCGACCGGUGAGAGUUCGAAUGCGGCCGAAAAUGCGGAAUGUGGCGCAUUUACCAAUGAAGGUCUAAGAAGUUUGGCCGAAUGUGAUGAUGUCAAGAAAGAAAGCAGCUGCGACCAGCUGGUGGCACUUGCCGGCGACAAUCGAACGGGUAAACUGGGUCUAAAUGAUUUUAAUUUUAUAAAAGUGUUAGGAAAGGGAUCGUUCGGCAAAGUUAUGUUGGCUGAAAAGAAGGGCACCGACGAAUGUUACGCGGUCAAAGUAUUGAAAAAAGAUGCAAUCAUUCAGGACGAUGAUGUGGACUGUACGAUGACUGAGAAAAGAAUUUUAGCGCUUGCAGCUAAACAUCCCUUUUUAACUGCACUUCAUUCCUGCUUUCAAACACCAGAUCGGUUAUUUUUCGUGAUGGAAUAUGUAAAUGGCGGCGACUUAAUGUUUCAAAUACAAAGAGCCCGAAAAUUCGAUGAAGGACGAGCCGCUUUCUAUGCUGCCGAGGUGACAUUGGCUCUUCAAUUUCUACAUCGCCAUGGCGUUGUGUAUCGUGAUUUGAAGCUAGACAACAUAUUGCUCGACCAGAAGGGUCACUGUAAAUUAGCCGAUUUUGGAAUGUGCAAGGAGGGAAUAAUUGACGGCGUUUUGACAUCAACAUUCUGCGGUACACCGGAUUAUAUUGCACCGGAAAUUCUACAAGAACUGGAAUAUGGGCCAUCGGUUGACUGGUGGGCACUAGGUGUUUUAAUGUAUGAAAUGAUGGCCGGUCAGCCACCGUUCGAGGCGGAUAAUGAGGAUGAUUUAUUCGAAUCGAUUCUGCACGAUGACGUUCUAUAUCCAGUUUGGUUAAGUAGGGAAGCUGUUUCCAUAUUAAAAGGUUUCAUGACUAAAAAUCCGGCACGGCGGUUGGGUUGCACUGGCAAUGAAAAUCAAAUACGGAGUCAUCCAUUCUUCAAGGAACUCGAUUGGACAGCAUUGGAAUUACGGCGCGUUGAACCACCUUUUAGGCCUAAAGUGAGAAAUCCACGGGAUGCUCUUAAUUUUGAUACUGAAUUUACAAAGGAAGAACCAAUAUUAACGCCAGUACCUGGUGACGUAAUACGCUGCAUAAAUCAGGAAGAAUUUGCCGGUUUCUCAUUCGUCAAUGGGAAUUUCGGACCGGAGCGUAAGAUAUGUUAAUUUCCAACUCUUUUUUUUUAAUCUCACUUCGUUAUAAAAAUGGCAACAAACAAACAAAAAUCGCAAAAAGAGGUGAAAAUGCUGAUUUUCUUUUAAAACUAACUUUAUUAGUUUCUUGGACGGCACGUUCUUCUUUCACAUUCGACACAUUCAAAGGUCAAAAGUUAAUUGACAAAUACAAUGUUUUGCAAAUUUAAGUUGAAAUUUUUCUUUUUCUUUUUCUUUUUGAGAAUCAAAUAACUUUUUGGCAAAUCAAUAAAAAAAAAUGAGAAAAACAAUUUUAACGAUAAGUAUAUUGAAUGUAGCAUCCAUUUGAACAAAAACAAAAAUUAAACAAACAUUUUACUCAAGAAACAACCACAAGCUAUCCACUGUGGUGAGAGAGAUUCUCAAUAUAUUUAUAAACGAAUCUGACCAUCUCGUAAAAUCUAUAUAUAAACCGUACUCCAAUAAUGUCACCAAAGUCGAUGGCGAACACAUAACGUGUUUUAAAUUGGUCAAAAUGGAGGAAUUUAACAAAUCAAAAACUGCUGCCCCUUUAGAUAAACGAAUGAAGAAAUGAAGUAAAAUAAUUUGGAUUAUAAAGAUGAAAGUUUUGUUUUCUAGUCAGAGAUUAGUUAAUUUAUAUGGGAUCCAUAUGGCCCUUUAAGGGACUACAGACAGUUAGGUGUUUUUUUGUUUUGUUUACAGAACCGUAAAAGUUUCAGAUUUUCGAUUCGUUCAUGCAUCUGAUAAUACUGCGUUAAUCCAUGAAGGAAACUCAAAGUUGU